UUCACUUGUCUUUAUGUUAUCGAGAUUCGAGAAGACUCAUGUUAUUGAGAAGACUCGUAUCCCCGUCUGUGUGUACGGUACCUUCCUUACGGCCUACCUACUUCCUGUACGGGCAGCUUCCUUAGUAAAUUCUGUAUUUAUAAAAGAUGUUUUGGCGAUGUUUUACAUAGAAAAAGUAACAAUUUGCUCGUGCAACAAGAGCUAAAAGAUGACAGCAAUUGAAUAACGAAUUUCACAUUGCGCAUUGCGCAAGUCGCAUUGCGUUUUUGCACAUAAUGCGUACGAGCAUUGCUCCCCUGGCUUUGCCAUUUGCCGUUGACUUGCUAUAGGGUAAUGACUAUUGGCACACCAACUUGAUAGCAAUGGCAGCAGGACACGAAAGUUGGAGUCUGCGCAUUUAUAACUAUGGCUACACCUGGUAUUUAACAGCACGUCAGUACUUUCCCUUGAGGAUCCUCAUCCCAUACAGAGUGUCUAACAGGACACAAGAGGCAAUCGGUGCCCUCUUUCAAGCUGUUAAAAGUGGUGAACAACACACGCGCAUUUUGGAGCACAUACUCUCAGACAGCGUGCCGGGUGAUGACUUACUAUUUUUCAAGAGUCCACGAGGUUACAACAUCCUUCAGGAGGCAGCCAUGCACAACAACCUUCCACUUGUCAGGCUACUACUGAACCACAACUGCAAUCCAAAUGCCGGGGAUUGCAGCCUGCCGCUGUCCGUAGCAUGUAAGUCCGGUGUUGUGGACGUAGUCGAGCUGCUACUCGCACAUAAUGCCCGUAUCGACCAGGUGUACGGCAUGUGCUACCCGAAUCCACACAUGCCUGUUCUAAAGGAGAAAGACAUGUUCGGACGUGAGUCAAGACAUUAUCAGUGCGAGACGAAUGCGCAGCUGCCGAUUUAUCACGCGAUUGAAAGUGACCGCCCAGACGUCAUCAGCAUGCUGCUUGCGCAUGAGGACAACCACUGGCUGAAGUGGCAAGCGCAGAAACCUCUGCUGCAUCUCGCCUGCGAGAUGGGUUCACUAAGCAGUAUGAAAUUGCUAGCGAAGCGGCGACAUGGUGACCUUGACCUUAUGCUGGCCGACCGCUCACCGCUACACCGUGCGAUUGAGCAUGGCCCGCGCUAUGUCAGUGUGCUUGUCGGCCAUGGUGCCGACACUGCUGCGAUCACGAGCCACAACCAGACGUCGCUGCACCUUGUCUUCACGAGCACACGCAACUUCUUCAACAUCUAUCGCACGCUGCACCUGCUGCUCGCACACGGAGCCGCCGAGAACGUGAACCUGAUGGACAAGGAUGGCAACACACCGCUGCACCUACUGCUACAGCUGAUCUUCAGCGCUCACAAGGAUGACUCUCUUGAAGGUCGCUUUCCCAACUAUGAGAUUACGGCUUCACUUUUCGUGAGCACUCUAAUCGACUCAGUGACGCUGCUGCUUGCCAAAGGGGCCAAUCCCAAUAUUCAAGACAAUAAUGGGUUCACGGCUUUACAUCUUGCCACUACAGAGAUUAUUUCGGGUCUCCAGCAUGUGGACCAUCCGAUGUGCCCAUCAAAUUUCGAAUGGUGUUCGUAUGAAAUGCUUUACCAGGUGUUGAGUACCAUAUUAACCUCAUAUCGAUACAUGAACACUAACUUAUUGGAUCAGGAUGGAAUGACACCACUGUUGAUUCUGUUUCGGAGUCUAAUGACAGUAGACUUGCUUGAGCUUGACCAGGAAAGUGGUUUUAGUAGUUGUGUAGAGGUCUUGUGCAAGCAUGGCGCAGAUGCUAACAUUGCACAGAAUGGGCAGUUCACAACACUCAACAUUCUGAUCUUUGUUGCAAGCGACAUCAUUCAUAACACGACUGUGCCACUGGCUAAGGACCGAUCAUUCAAAUUCAUCAAUGACAUGCUAGAACUUCUACUGAUGCAUGGUCUCGAUCCAAACCUGCGCUUCUCAAAGCGCACACAGCAUGCACUCCUGUCCUUGAUGGACAUGGUCCAUAAUGCGCUGACGCCUGACGACCUCGUGUAUGUUUACCAACUAACUGCGACACUGCUGCGAUUCGGCUCUGAUCCAAACAUCGACAUCUCGACGACAGAGCCAAUGAUAUGCCACUCACAGAGCUCAGUGUUUCUGAAGAAGUCUUCGGGACAGGUGUUGUACUACUAUGUGCAAAUUCUGGCAAGGAAUGACCACCUUCUAUGUGGUCACGCGUACCUCAAGCUGCUGUACCUGUACUUCUACGCAAUGUCACACAGGGAGCUGUGGAACAGCCUGCGAAUAUUGAACGCACAGACGGCUCUCAUUCCGACCAACCAGGAGCUGACGAUUGUGCUGCAUGAGCUGUCAACAACACCCAGGACCUUAAAGCAGAAUGCACGAAUUGCCAUCUAUGAGGCUCUACGAUAUAGGCUGGUACCACGGGUCAGCCAACUCCCUCUACCGACUUUGCUGAAGAACUACCUGCUCAAUUUUGAGCACUGAGCUGUCAUUUGUGAAGGACAUCAUUAUUGGCUGUUUUUUCGAUUGUAUGACGACUAUUAACAUUUACUUAGAUGUAUUGUUGAAUUAUUCAGCAAUUUAUAGACGUUUUGCUGAACAUUCGGUUUUUCCAAUCGUUUUAUCCGAUUUAAGAAUAGCUUUUGCUAGGUGUUGAGCGAAAUGUAUAUAUGAAUUACAGACAAAGUGGUUUUCGUGUUGUUUGUUGUGAUCGGCAGUAAUGAUCAAUGUAGGCGACAGCGGUAAAGUUUUAUCUAGUCGAACCCUAGUGUAUGUUACGGUAGAUUGUGUUACAUUACUGUAGUAGACGGUUCUUGAUAUUUCCGUUCAUUAUAGAGUUAAGAAAAAUCAUGAAGACGUGUACGCUCUUCUAUUAGAUACAUAUGUUCAAUGUAAAACUUUUAUAUGUUUAUCGUGUAGCUACGCGUCAUUUUAGCAUUACUAUGAUAUGUGUUAAAGGUACUUGGUUUUGUGAAACCUUUCGUUAGAUUUACAGAGUCAGAUUCGGUUAGCAAUUUACAGAAGGAGGCCCACAUUGUGAGGAACAGAUAAUUAAAUGCUUUCAGCUUCAUCUUCCACUGAACAAAACCGUUAUUAGCUCGCUAAGUUGCUGGCAUGAUCAUUUUAUCACUCAGUCGUGCGUUUCCAUCUUCUCCCCAGUAUACCGUCGGCAAUGUGAUAAUUCUUACAGAAAAUUUGCCAACAGCUAGAGAAGCUCUGAUUUUCGCUGUACAAUUCUAUUUUCGGCAUAGCAAUUAAUUGUAUUUUUUUAAAUGUCAUCUGCGCAUAGCUGCAGGUGUUACAUGGAAGGUAUAUGGUGGUAAAAAAUUGUCCACGUGAGAUAUACCUGUAGAGACAUACAGAUUCAGAUUGUCAUAUACCAUACAGUCUACACACGUCUGCAUGUCGGGCCUACAAGAGUUAAUCUGACAUAAAGUAAUAUCACGAAACAUCGCUACUAUAACGUAUAGAUUCAAGGUAUUGUGUGUAAUGCGCGGCUUAUGAUCAUUACGUAUAUAUAGUCUAUAGGAAAAUCGUACUCAUGCGAAUACUCAUAAAUACUCGCAUUAAGCACUCAUAGGAGCUCACAUUUGCCCUUUUACUGAGAAUGCUAUUUUAAGCAUUUCAGUGGAAUUGCUCCUUCAAGUUUCUGCUUCGGUGUUGGUGGUGUUGAGAAACCGCCACCCUAUAAACGCUGCAGCCAUAGUAUCUGGCGUGUUCCGUGCCUAGGUGUGCAACAACUAUCUUGUGCAGUAUGUAAGAGUAAAUUGCUCUCAGAAGUUGGGUUUGAAAGUAGG